UCUUUCUGUUUUAAAAUUCCUGAUCACUCUUUGUAAAAGGCUGGCUUUUUUUCUCAGCAAUCAUCUUUGAAGAACUGCCUUCGACUUUCUCUUCUACUGUGCUUUGACGUCUGAGAUCGCAGAUCUGGGAAGGAGAUGACGGGAGAUCGAAGGGUAGGGGUGGCGAUGGACUUCUCGCCGUGCAGCAAGGCUGCGCUGCGCUGGGCGACGGAGAACUUGGUGAAGGACGGCGAUCAUCUCAUCAUCGUCAACGUCCAAAAGGAGGUCUCCUAUGAAGGCGGCGAGACGCAGCUCUGGGUGGCUACUGGUUCCCCAUUAAUCCCUUUAUCUGAGAUAUCAGAUCCUACCGUUAUGAAGAAAUAUGGGGUUAAAACUGAUGCUGAGGCCCUGGACAUCCUCAACACAGUUGCUAGGCAGAAGCAGGCUAUAGUUGUCAUGAAGAUUUACUGGGGAGAUGCCCGUGAGAAGAUAUGCGAAGCCAUUGAUAACAUUCCUUUGAGCUGUCUCAUCAUUGGUAAUAGAGGACUCAGCAAAAUAAAGAGGGUUUUCAUGGGCAGUGUGAGUAACUUUGUUGUAAAUAAUGGCACCUGCCCGGUAACAGUUGUGAAGAGUGCUGAACAUGAAGCUUAGAGUCCCAUUCUAUUUCCAUUAUAUGCAUCUCUUCAUAUUUCUUCUAUGAAAACUAUUUCCUGGCAAGCUAAGAAACAUUGGCUAUGUGAGCUUCUAUUGUUCUAAAGAUGUUUUGUAAAACUGAGAGCUAUUUUAUGUUUGCAGUUUCUGUAUUGAGUAUAUAAUGAAUCUGUUACUUAGCACUACAUUU